UCAGACGGGGGAACGACAGUCUGUCUGUCUUCGGCAAACAGCUGGCUCCCGGGGGAAGGCGAGGAUUGUCAAAAGAAGUCUUGAGGAGCACGAACUGCGAGUAAGAAAAGCGGGAGAAUUGUGCGGGCGAGGGAAGAGGAGGAAGGAAGGAAGGCCGGCCGCUGGGAAGAGGAGGAGGGGGCUCGAGGGUUUGACAGGUCCCCGGGACAACGAGAAGGCCGCCCCCCCACCCCCCCAGUCCCCCACCCCCACCCCCACCCCGGGCCUGUCAGCCAGCACCAAUCCAUCCGACACUGGGACUGUACAAUCAUUGACAUAUAGUGGUUAUAUAAUUAUUAUAUAUACAAUUCAGAGAGAUACAUGUGAGGGGAUAUAAAAUUGGAAGCGGUCUGGAACUGUCAGUCCUCAGUCGACAGGAACUCCCCACCUCCUUUCCCCCGACCCCUCCUUUCUCACCCCCGCCCCCACACCCACUUCUUCAUUUACAUUUCCAACCUGCUUGUGGAUUAGAGGAGCCGCCGUCGAUCUCAAGAAACAGGCUGUUUCCCCCCCCCCCCCCAAUCCCUGGGGGAGGCAAGAUUUCAGUCGGCAGGCCCUCCCUGCACAUCGCUGCAAAGGAGCGAGACGGAGGGACAGAGAGAGAGAGAGCGAGAAUCGUCGUUUCAUCGAAGAGAGGGCAGCGGCGCCUGCUUUCCACCCCCCCCCCCCCCCUGUUCACUCUACCAAAGUAAGGAGCUCAAUAUCAGCCUUCAGUCAGUCGCACCAGGCGUGCUUUGGAUCGACAAUGUGUUAAAAUUCAGUCGCGAGAAAGAAAGGAAGAGGAAAUUUAAAUUAGGGCGACAGAAGUACGGACGAUUUGCCGUGCCUUUGGCACAUCCCACGUGAAAUAGUGAUUUGGAUCCAAGUCCCUUUCUGGUUAGAAGGUGUAUUUCCUCCCAUCUGGCGAAUGAUCAAAUCAGUGCUGAGAAAUUUCAAACGAGGAGAAGGUUGGUUCGCCACCUGCUGAGCAGAUCGUGUUUGUGUGUGUGUGUGGUUUUCGUUUCUCGUCUGAAUAUUGGCAGCGGAAUCAGACUGCACAACCCGGCACUGUGUUGAUGGAAUUGAUUUGAUAGAGGAGUGCAAAUGUGGAAUCAACCGAAACUCGUAUUGUGCCUUAAGUAGCUUGAUCAUACAGAGACUUGAGACAUUUUGUUCGCGACAUUCUAACCUUUAUCAAUGAUAUGUGACCAGAAUGUGUUGAAAUGCAUGAAGACCAUCGUGUUCUGAUUUUGUAGGCGACAGUCAUUUAACCUAAAAUUGUGGCAUAUAUAUUGGAAAAAAAUCAUCUGGCAGUUUUCCCAGUAAUGAUGACAAGUGCACAAGCAGCUAUGAGAGUGAUGGAUGGAGUUAACUUGGGUGAGGUAAUCGUAAAAAAGGAGCCAAUAUAUGAUGGAGUGGGAGAACGAAGCAAUGCGGAAAAGGAGUUUGAUGGUAGUAUUACAAACAUGCUCAAAACACCAGGAGUAAAGCAGGAAAGUGGACAGGGCCUUGGAGUGGAGGAGACAGCACACACAGACAUGAGUGUGUCCAAAGCUUGCCUGUUGUCAGGAGUUCGUCCAUUGGAUCUUAACCCUGCUCUCAAACACACGUUGGCACAGUUUCACUUGAGCAGUCAGAGUUCUCUGGGUGGGCCAGCAGCAUUUUCGGCACGUUGUACUCAAGAAUGUAUGUCACCAGGAGGGCUUGUGCCCAUGACAUCACCCCCAGUGCUGCCAGGACCACUGCUUAUACCCUCUGACAGUUCAACUGAGCUCACGCAUACUUUACUGGAGGGAGAAACUAUCUCAUGCUUCAUGGUUGGUGGGGAGAAGAGACUAUGUUUACCACAGGUCCUGAAUUCAGUGCUGAGAGAUUUCUCUCUUCAACAGAUCAACACUGUCUGUGAUGAGCUGUAUAUUUAUUGCUCAAGAUGUACUGCAGAACAGCUGCAAAUUCUCAAGGUCCUAGGCAUCUUGCCUUUCAAUGCUCCCUCUUGUGGACUUAUAACCCAGACUGAUGCUCAGAGGUUAUGUAAUGCCUUGGUUCAUCCAGGCAUACUGCCUCCAGAUGCCAACAAACUCCCUGGCAAAACAUGCCUUGCCCAGCUACAGAACACUGGUUGCAGUUUUGAAGUGGAACAUUGGUGUCUUGGGAAAUGCCAAGGUCUGUUUGUGCCACAGUUGUACAGCCACCCCGAUGCUACCUGCAUUCAGUGUCUGGACUGCCACAUGAUGUUUUCUCCCCAGAAAUUUGUCCUGCAUUCACACAGGUCUCCAGACAAGAGAACCUGCCACUGGGGCUUUGAUUCAGCUAAAUGGCGCUGCUAUGUGCAGUUGAGCCGUAAAUAUGCAGAAACAUCUGAAGAAAAGAUCUUACAGCAAUGUUUGGAAGAAAUGAAAGAGCGAUUCAACCUCAAUAACCAGCAGAAAAGAAUGCUUCCAAAGCAAUCUGAUUCUGAAGAACUUCAGCUGAAAAGAAUGCGGGUGGAGCAUAAAGAUCCUCAGGAUGAACUGUGUGAGAAAAGUCUUGACAGAAAGGCUGACUCCCAGCAUCCUUUGACAUUCCAGCACUGGUAUCCAGUCAUCAAACAAGAAAUGGAUCAUCUGACUCAGCAACAUACUUCAGUUAUCCAUCCCAGCUGUCUUCUCUAUAUGUAUGACAAGGUGAUAGCUCCAAAUGUCUCAUUGGCUCCACCUUUACAACGAUGUAGAGAUGCUACUAAGUCAGUGAACAAGGAUUCUGUGAUGAGCACACCGACAACCUUCGAAGAAGAGGCAAAACGUCAGAAGAAUAAUAAGAAUAAGAAAUUGAUUUCUCGUUUCGCAUCCUCUCCAGAAGCGGAAGUGAAUAACAUUCCGAGUGCAGAUUCCUACAAUCCAUGUUAUCGAGCCUCAGAGUCCUCUACUGAACAUGCAGGAGAAUACAUAAAAUCUAAACAUUCCAACCACAAAAAUAAACACGGGAUUGCUGUGGAACCGAAUGAAAAUACAAAUGCUAACAGAGAGACUGGGAAUUCACCUCAACGCAUUGGAAUGAAUGUGGAAGAGGAGAAUGAAAAAAUAGUGGAACAAAUAAUGAAAACGUACUGUAAACAGCAAGAGAAGCUAAACACAACUAUUCAACAGAAGAAACAUUUACAAAUGGAAGUGGAAUUAUUGCAAGUUACAAAGCGAAUGAAACUCAAAGAAUUGACUGAAGAGAAGCUUGGGUUGCAGCAAGAGCUGGAUUCUCUGCAGUCUGAGCAUGCUCAGAGAAUGAAUGCAGUCUGCGAUGAACAGGCAGAGUUGGAGUGGCGACUGGAUCAGCUGAAGCAGGGUUGUUUGUGUGACCAUACAACAGAAAGGAGCCAAGAGGCCGAGUACACAGCACAGUUAUCAGAGUUGAGGCAGAGACUGGACCGAGCAGAAGCAGAUCGCCGAGAACUUCAAGAAGAACUGAGAUGUGAGCGUGAAGCACGAGAAAAACUGGAAGCCAUGGUUAAAGAACUGAAGCUUCAGAUCUUAGAAAGCUCUGGAAAUAAAGCUGGCACUGAGGUGAACUCUGUGGCAGAUUGAUAAUAAAAGCUCGACUGAUGACCAGCUACUUGAAGUGAGCAAUUGCUCAAAAAAAGGAAAGACUGUUGAGUUCAGUCCUCGAACUUACAGCUGCAAGAAAUCUUUUCAACUGAGUAGCAGCUGCAUUGGGAUACUGGAGUUUAUUUUAACUGAUUCAGUUUAGAGCAAAAAGUAGAAAUCUUGGUUUAAACUCAUUCAGUUUUGUGUAUAUAAUGCGCGCACACACUCAAUACAAAGUGAAAUGCCAUAGCAUGGGAAAAAUGUUGUUUCGUUAACUUCGAAAAAUUUAUAUGCAUGGAGAGCCAGUCAAACGUCAUAAUAGUCCUCUUUCUCAAUGCCUUUGUAAAUGGCUUUUGUUAAAAGCAUUAGCAGCAUCAGUAC